AUGUCUGUGCUUUGCAUAGUCCAGUAGACAAAGAUGUUAGUAAGCACCGUGCAAUGUUGCCGGUGGGCGAUAGAAGCAGUACCGGGUCGUCGUCGGUGGUACUUUACACCGAAAACCCAAAGGAGCGACUAAAAGAGUGCUGCCGCAAGUUAGUGGCGUUUAUGUGUACGCAAGUCGGUGUCGGUGGCCUAGUGGUUGGCUACGCGGUGGUAGGUGCGUUUUGUUUCAUGCAGAUUGAAGGCCAAGCCGGCGAUGCACAGAAGUAUUUGGUUGAACAGCUCCGAAACAAUUGUUCGGCCGACGUUUGGAAUGCCACUCAGACAUUUAACGUACUCAGUAAGGGUAACUGGACACGUCAAGUUACGCUGGCGCUUAGGCACUUUGAGGAGAAAUUUUCUGUAAUUGUCAAAAAGGGCUACGACGGUAGAACGGCCGAGGAAACUUGGUCUUUCCCUACCGCCUUAAUGUUUUCUCUAUCUAUUUUCACAAUGAAUGGAUAUGGUAACGUCGUACCUAAGACACCUCAGGGCAAAGUUGCCACUGUAGUGUACGCCAUAUACGGCAUACCUUUGUACGUACUUUAUUUUCGCAACAUGGGAAAAGUGCUGGCUCAGACUUUCCGAUGGGUUUACACGUGUCUGUACCGGUGUAGCAUGGAAGAUAAGGCAGGUGGAGAUGGCUACAAUUCUCAAUUGCCGCAAAAGUCUAGAGUAAUCGUUCCAUCCACAGCCUGCCUUUGGGUAUUGGUAGCAUAUGUGGCAACAGGCACGAUAACAUUUCAUACAUUAGAGGGUUGGUCUAUUAUGGAUAGCACAUUUUUUUGUGUGACUAGUCUUUGUAAGAUCGGAAUUGAAAACUUUGGCCCUAUGCCGGAUUCAAAAGCUGGUGCCGAUCAUCCCAUGACGUUGGUUAUAAAACUCAUUUACCUUUUGCUAGGCAUGGGCAUUGUUGCUAUGUGUUUUGAUCUGAUGCGAGAAGAUGUACAGGUUAGAGUACGAAAUUUGAAAAUAGACAUUGGAUUGUGUUUUGAAGACAUACGUCUUAGAGCUGUGGCCGUUUACAGGCGAAGAAAUUCUUACGAAUGUUGAAAUUUAUACACAUUUUUUGUAUUAUUAAAUAGUUUUUAAUUUUUCAUAAAAAUAAAUGUACAUAAUUUCAUAUUUUUAAAUCACUUUUAGUUUUUUUUUUUACCCAGUCUUAAAAUUUAAUUAAUUUUUAAUUAUGACUAAUGAUUGCAUCAU